AUGUCGUCUUCAACAAAUUCUCAUUAUUAUGCCCAUAACAAUCAUUAUCGAACAAGUUCACGUGAUCCAUCAUAUCCUCAUCAUCAUCAGUCACUUCUGGAAUCUAUAUCAUCCGAAUCAUCGUCACCUGAAAUUAUUUCAAUGAACUCUGAAAAAAAUCGCCAUUCAUCAACAACAAAGAAAAAACAUAAAGAUAAUCGACGAAAUUCAUCUGAACGAAAAACAAAAGCACGCCGUUCGUCAUCUAGUGAUAAUAAUAAUAAUAAUAAUGAAUCUAAUAAACAUAGCCGCAGUUCUCAUCGAUCAAGACAUGAUGCAAUAAAUCGAACGUCUCGUGGUUCACAACAAAGUUAUCAUCAUUCACAUGAUUCAACAUAUGAAUCCUCAUCAAAUGAAAUCAAUGCUGAUGUGAAAUCUAAAAAACGUUCAAAUUAUUAUACAGACAAUAGUAAUUAUUCACCAAAACGACAUCGCCGAACAAGUCCAUUAUCAUCAUAUCCAAUGCCAAUGUAUUCUUCACAUAGUUUCCAUCAACAUAAUUAUAGAAGAUCAAAAUAUCAUCGAAAAUCUUCAUCAUCACCAACACAUUCAAGUGAUCACUCAUCAUCAAAUGAAAAUGAUACCAGUCAUCAAAAUCAACGAUCAACAAAAGGAACACUCGCAUCUGAACUUGAUAAAUUACGACCAAAAGUUAAUAAAAAUAAAGCAGUAACAAUUAAUACUCAAUUACAUAGUGAACAACAAUCAAAACAUGAUAAUGAUGGAACAACAAAAUUUACUGAUACAACUUCUAGUACGAAUCGUUCAGAUUCAAGUGCACGUCGCCGUUCAAUACAUGUUCCUGUAUCUAGUGGACAAACACAUUUAACACGAUCAUUACCAAUGCCACCAGAUUAUAAACCAGAUACAUUUUCACCAUCAACUCCAAUAAAUACUUCUCCAAAUCUACCUGAUAAACCCAUGCGACGACCAAUGAUUCUUCAACGUCGUGAUGAAAUGAUGAAAAACCAAUGGGGAGAAAGAACUGUUGAAGUAUAUGAGAUCUUAGCAAAAAUUGGUGAAGGUACUUAUGGUGAAGUUUUUAAAGCACGCGAUAAAGCAACCGGUGAAUUAUGUGCAUUAAAAAAAGUUCGAUUAGAAAAUGAAAAAGAAGGUUUUCCAAUAACAGCUAUACGUGAAAUUCAAAUUCUUCGUCAAUUGACACAUCCGCAUAUUGUAAAUUUAAAAGAAAUUAUAAUGGAUGCACAUGCAAUAGUGGAUAUAAAAAAUGAUACAUCAUUCUAUUUAGUAUUUGAAUAUUGUGAUCAUGAUCUAUUUGGUUUACUUGAUUCUGGUUUAAUUGAACUUGAUAUUGAACAUAUUCGCGCAUUUGUUUAUCAAAUUAUGUCUGGUUUAGCUUAUUGUCAUGAAAGAAAAUUUUUACAUCGUGAUAUUAAAUGUUCGAAUAUUUUAUUAAACAAUAAUGGAAAAAUAAAAUUAGCCGAUUUUGGUCUUGCAAGAUUUUAUAAUGCAGAGGACAAAGAUCGACCAUAUACAAAUAAAGUGAUUACACUAUGGUAUAGACCACCUGAGUUGUUACUUGGUGAAGAAAGAUAUGGACCAACCAUAGAUAUUUGGAGUUGUGGAUGUAUUUUUGGUGAACUAUUUACACGACGACCUUUAUUUCAAGGACAACGUGAGGAAGAACAAUUAGAAAUGAUUUCACGGUUGUGUGGUUCACCAACACCAGCAGUUUGGCCUGAUGUUAUUCAUUUACCACUUUUUGCAACACUCAAACAAAAAAAAACUUAUCGGCGAAAAUUACGCGAAGAAUAUCAAUAUCUUCCUGAACCAGCAUUAGAUCUAUUCGAUCGUAUGCUCGAAUUAGAUCCAUCAAGGAGAAUCAGUGCAAGUGAUGCUCUACUAUCAAAUUGGCUGAAAGAUAUUAACGAUGAUACAAUACGGCCAUUACAAUUACCAAUCGCACAAGAUUGUCAUGAGAUGUGGAGUAAAGAACAUAAACGGUUAACACGACGUGGUUGGAGUGAGAAUGAAAUCCAAGCACAUUUCAAAGAACGUGAAAUAAUUGAAUAUCAACGAUACAAUCAAGUAACUGACAUGCAAAUGGACAGUCCUGAUCCAACAAGUUUUGAUAGUGAAAGUUUAAAACAAGAUAAUGUAGUUUCUUAUCCACAAUCAAUUGAAAUAUUAACGUCAACAGCAGCAUCCAUAAAAAAUGGAAGUACUAUGGAUAACAAUAAAUCAAAAUAA